AUGGUUCACACGUCGCACUAUGGCCAUAGUGCUGUUAUUAAGCUGCUGGUUGAGAAAGGAGCUGAUAUUGAGGCCAAGGAUGAUAAAUAUGGCUGGACGCCGCUAUUAUGGGCAGCUGAACAUGGCGACGAGGCUAGUAUCAAGCUGUUGAUUGGGAAGGGAGCUAAUAUUGAGGCAAAGGAUAAUAGAUAUGGUCGGACGCCGCUGUCAUGGGCCGUUGGGAGUGGCAAUGAGGCUAUUGUUAAGUUGUUGGUUGAGCAGGGAGCUGAUAUUGAGGCAAUGGAUAAUGAAUAUGGCCAGACGCCACUAUCAUUAGCAGCAAAGUAUGGACAAGAGGCUAUUGCCAAGAUGCUGGUUGAGAAUGGAGCUAAUGUUGAGGCAAAGGAUAAUAAUAGCCGGACGCCGCUGUUAUGGGCAGCUUUACAUAACCAGGAGACUAUUGUUAAGCUGUUGGUUGAGAAGGGAGCCAAUAUUGAGGCAAAAGAUAAUCAAUUUGGCUGGACGCCGCUGUCAUUAGCAGCUGAGCAUGGAAACGAGUUUAUUGUUCAGCUGCUGGUUGAGAAGGGCGCCAAUAUCAAGUCAGAAGCUGAAUUUAGCCAGGUUGUUUCCACGUUGCUACAAUGGGAAACCUAA